UGGGAAACCUAUAUAAAUGCUUUGCAUCGAAAAUUGUAUCAAUUUCCUCGUGCUUACUCAUCAAGUGACGUUCAAAAUGCUUCUAAAAAGAAGCGUUUUUCUACAGGUCUGUCUUUUACUCACACUCAAACGAGGCAAAUGUCAAGAUUACGAGAGCAGCUACGGUGUUGACGAAAGUGAUGACCACUCAGAGGCUCAAGAAGAUUCCGGACCAACAGACUAUUCAAAAUAUUAUGCUGUAGAUAGAUCAGCGCCUCUAAUUUCUUCGGCUCAAGGUAACAUAGGCUUUACGAGUCCUAUUGAAUACGCAGGAUUUUUUGCACCUUCAAUAGAUUUUGGAGCCUCGGUCAAACAGGAGGUUCAACAACCGAAGAACCCUUUUGCAGCCCAAACCAAAACAUUGGGAUUUAUUUCUGAACAAAACCAAUUUCCGAAUUUCUACGCCGCUGGUCAUUUUCCCAUUGACUAUUUUGAAGAAGCGCAAAAAACUCAAAGACAAGAAAACCAAGAAGAUGAUGGUUUUGAACCAUCAUCUGGUGUUGACUAUAUUUCCCAUAAUCUGCCAUUAAAUUUGGACGGUGAAUACACCUCCGAUGUAGAAAAAGUCCAACCGAAACCCAAUAAGAAGAAGACCAAGAAGGUGCGCAAAUACGAUAUUGAAAAAGAAGCGUCGGAAGAAUUUAAAAAUCCGGACUAUUCCUACGAAUAUGAACCAUCAUCUUCUGGAAAAUACACUGAUUAUAAUUCCGGCAAGUCUAGUUCAACUGUAUCUCAACAACCCACAGCUGCAGGUUUUUAUGAGAAACACACUGAAACCCCGGCGGCCACCCCUUACCAAAAAUAUAGCUUCCAACCAGUGAACACUGAAAGCAAAUAUUUGGGAUCUUUGAUUAGCACCGUGGCCCCUUUUAAUCCCUCUUAUACCAAAAUUCAAAGUACUGUAACUCCAACUUUUGAAACUCAACCCAGUGAAAAUAUUCCGAGUCACUUGAAAGACAAAAAUUGUAGAAGAGUCAGAAAACAUAUUCCAGGAGAUGGAAGAAGACGUAAGAGGGAAGCAAUGAAUUGUUACGUUUGUGAAGACCAAGAAAACAACUCGAAAUAUACUCAAUGUUCGUAUGCUGUUGAACCGGAACCAACUAAUGACUAUAGCGGAAUUUCUGAAAGAUAUUCUACUCCAGCAAAGCAACCUGAUGGUUUUCGCUACAAGAGAUACUCUGGGGAUGACAAUGUUGAUCCUUAUGAGUAUAUCAAAGCUCGGACGCAGAAAGCUUUUACUGACGCACAAGAAACCAAAGAUUACGAGGAAUACAAAAUCCCGGAAUUUUAUGUAGAUGAAACUCCGGACAAAAGCUAUUCCGAAAUACAGUCUGAAGCGAUUGCUAAAAAUCCGGCAAAUUGUCACAAGGAAGAAAGCAAUGGAAUGACUUGUACUAUUUGCAAAGACCCUAAAACUGGGGGAAAUUUCGAACAGUGUUCUUACACUUCUGAACCCAAAGAACAAAAAUAUGCUUACGUGACUGAAAAGAAAUACGAUAGUGACGAACCCGAAGAAGGAGCAGAAUCAAAAUCUGAACCCCAAAAGAAGAAAGCAGAUAAAGAAAGUAAAGAAGAAGAAAAAAAAUUUGAUUCAUCUGAAGAAAGUGAGAAAUUAAAAUUUGAUGAUAAAUUAGACUUUAAAUCAAGUAACGACAAACCAAAGUUUAGUAGCAAAAUUAAAGAAUAUAAGCCUUUAGUUUUACCAAGUAAUGAUAAUUCACAAUUUGCCAAGUUAGAUGAAUUUAAACCGAUUGGUUUAUCAACUAACAAAAAUUCAAAAUUUAGCAAAUUGGAAGACUUUAAACCUUCUGAAGAGUACAAAUCAAAUUAUCACGGCCAUGACAAAUUUAAACUGUCGGAUGAUUACAAUCCUGAAGUAAAAGAUGACCCAACUUCAAAAAAAGAACCUUACAAUCCCUCUGAAAGUUACCAAAAUGGACAACCAGGAAGUUCAGGUGCUCCUAAAAAACUGAUCGAUGAUGAUCCUUACGAGAUUCCCAAACACUUCGCUGAAAGUACAAUCAAGGAGCAAAAAACCGGUGUUCGAGGCCUCGAACCAAGUCUCUAUGGAAGUGCUGACUCUUCAGAAGUUGAAGGUGACGAUGCUGAUUCUUCUAGUGAUGUUGAGCCUUACAAAGACAUCGAUGAGUAUCACUUUAAACUCUUCCCCGAAUUCUCAAAUGAAGAGUCUCAACAGGCCGAAGUUGUGGCUGCAAAUCCUUCCGCCGACGCCACCCGAAAAGACGUCGAAGAAGUUUUGGCCGAAUUUAGUAAAAAAGACCGUUCUGCAUGCAAGAAAGCUGAGAAGAAUGGCAUGACUUGUUAUCUCUGUGUUGAUAAUAAAGGCAUUCAACACGAGGAGUGCAUGUACGUGUCCGAAUCCAAGCCGCAGGCAAGUCAUGUAGCGUACCAUGAAGUCAAACAAAUAAAAUCGCCAAAUAGUGAAAAUAAAGAACACGAACAAGUCCCAGCCGCUACGGAGAUUAAACGCAAACAUUUCUUUAAGAAAGUUGUGACCACGCCUACGCCUUUCUCUAUGGAAGCGGCAGCGUCGAAUGAGUAUGAAACCAAAAUAAAGUACAACCCGAACAAAAAGAGAAAAAGUGCAAAGAAAGUGAAAGAACCCGUUCAUGCGGCUAGUAGUGACGAUCCCGAAAAACUACCCGAAGACGAUCCUGAAAAGUUACCUGAAGAUGAGAACGAACCCGAAACUCCUGCCGAGUUUGUUGUCGGGGAUGAGGAAGGGGCGUACAGCGCUGAAACAAAGCCAGUUUAUAGCAAAGUUCUGGGAGUGAAACUUCCGAAAUACAUGAUUGAGAAAUCAGAAUUUGAGAAAGAGUUUGAUGAGUUUGCUGGUACACAUUAAAAGUAGUCUUUAUUUCUUGUGAUAGUUUAAUUACAGUUAGGUACUUGUGUAAUAUAGUUAUGUUAUUAAAUUGUUAUUGUUAUUACUUACAUUGUUAAAAAUAAAAAAUUAAA